CCAAACGUGUUACGUCGCUUUGUAAAGAAAUCUUUUUAGUAUCUUCGGUCUUGUCAUUUCUACAAGGAAAGGAGCAUUUCACAAAGAAAAACCCCCAAACUUAACUGUUCACGAAUCCAAAUCCAAUAUUGCACACUCCGUCGUCGACGAAACGUUUUUCAAGAAUGGCCGAAGGAGGUAACGAACGCUAUCUCACCUCUGAUUCUGACUCUGAUUUUUCCAUACUUGACUCAGAAAAUAGCGAAGAUGAAGACGACGAUGCGGAUCGAGAAGACGCCGAGAUUCAACUCGAAGGUGAAGACGAAGAGAGUGAUGAAGAGGACGAGGAACUGAAAAAUGAAGAAGCUUCAUUAUUAAAUGAGACCCUAGAACAGCCAACGGCGGAAGAAAACAACAAAGAUCAAAAUGAUCCCAAACCGCGAGUUAACGUGAACAGGAUUAUUGACCUUGUCAGUAAUUAUUUUUACGGUCACAGAGUUAGGCCACAGUAA